CGAUUUAAUGUAUUAUUACUAAAAUGCCCCUAUUCAUUAAUAUUCACCAAUCAAAACAACACCAGUUAUUUCGUCAGGAUAACCUCCAGUAAUAUAUCCAUAACCCAAAGCUUAAAUUUAUUAAGCAUAGUCAUAAAUAAAGCCAUCAUAAUCAUAUUCAAAUGUUCGAUAUUUGCAAAAUGCUUAACCAUUAAAAUAAUCAACUCUUAGUACAUUCUAACCAUAUAGGCCUGAUCCAGAAAUAGAAAAGAUCAUUUCAAAAUAUACUGCUACUUCAAAAAAUUCCUAAAUUGAGUAGCCAGUGACCCACUAACCAUCUAAUAGUAUUCAAUCGAACUCAUAAAACUAACUUUAACAAAAAUAUCAAAACAGUAAUGAAGAAUCUGAAUUCAAAGAUAUGUAUUAGGAUAAUAAUAUUCCAUUACAUUUUUAAUUUGAUGAGAUUAAAUAGAGAAAACCUAAUUUUGAAUAGAAGAAUUAUUCACCAGAUAUCCAUGAAUUUUAGGACUUCAGUCCCUAAAAUAAAAAAUAAAUUUCCCUUCCAGAAUAAAAUGAUAAAAUUGUUAAAUUAAUUGUUUCUGGUAUAAUUGUUUUAUUAGUUUUAUAUAUCAUAUUUAUGCUAGUACUAAAAUGA